GGAGGCCCGGGGCUGCUGGAGGGGCGUGGGGCGUGGGGCAGGGAGGAGGACGAGAGCAGACUCGUUUUCUGGGUUGCUUCCUCCUUCUCCAUCUCCUCCCACCGAUUACCUCUUUCUCUUUCUCUCUUGCACACUUACACAUCCACACGCGCUCACUCCCGUCCUUCCCCAUUCCUGCUCUCCCCUCCCCCUGCGCACCCCUGCCCGCCGCGGGAGGCGGGCCGGCGGGAAGCUGGGGGUGGUCCGCCUGGAGGGCAGCGCCGAACUCCUCCGGCGGUGAAAGAGGAGGCGGGGGCGGCGGGGAGGAGGAGCCGCAGCAGCGAACGGACCGACUGACUGCCAGCUCGGGGAGCGGACCGGCAGCGCAGGUGAAUCUUGAACCCAAGACUUUAGCAUGAAGGGCUGUUGGCAGGUGUCUCCUGAAUCCCUUAUGGUGACAUCUGAUCUUUUGGUGACAGUAUCCCAGAAGAGAAGUUCAGGAUUUGGUUGGAGGAUGCUUGAUGUGAUCUUUUGAGAGCUGACCUCGCAGGUUCUUUUGCCUUACUUAAUAGACAGAUACACCGGCCGGCUUCUACUGAACUGUUCAGUGUUUGUGGCAAUGAUGGCCCAGUCCAAGGCCAACGGCUCUCACUAUGCCCUGACUGCCAUCGGACUAGGGAUGCUGGUGCUGGGGAUCAUCAUGGCAGUGUGGAAUCUGGUCCCCGGAUUUAGCCACUCAGACAAACCGUCAGCGCAUGGGAAUAGCAGCAACCCCACUGGAGGGAUCCUCAAGAGCAAGACAUUCUCUGUAGCCUAUGUGCUGGUGGGUGCUGGGGUCAUGCUUCUGCUCCUUUCCAUCUGCUUGAGUAUCCGGGACAAGAGGAAACAAAGGCAAGGGGAGGAGGAGAUCGCCAGAAUCCAGCAGAAUGCGGCUGUUGGAGCUCAGUCCCAGGAAGAAGACAGCCAAGAGGAGGAGGAGGAGUCCCACUCAAGAUAUUAUGUCCCCAGCUACGAAGAAGUCAUGAACACCAACUACUCAGAGGUGAGAGAAUUGGACCAAAACCCUGGGAUGACCGUGUCCCUCCCCUCGUACGAGUCCCUGACAGGGCUGGAUGAGACAACUCCCACCACAGCCCGGGCUGACCUGGAGACCCACCCACCAGACAGACAGAACUCCAGGCUGGCAAAACGCCUGAAGCCCCUGAAAGUCCGAAGGAUUAAGUCAGAAAAGCUUCACUUGAAGGAUUUUCGAAUUAACCUGCCAGAAGGGAACCUGCCUCCUCCCACAAUAGAACCUUUGACUCCUCCCCCACAGUAUGACGAGGUCCCCGAAAAAGCCGCACCUGACACCCGGCAGCCAAACUGAGUUCCAGAUGACCUGGGGCAGUGCUGGUUUGGACUCUGUUUUGCCAAGAGACUCCAAAUGAGCUGGAAUGGCUCAGAGUUUUAAAACUGAUGGACCCCAUAUAUAUAUGACUCUGUGUGUGUGUGUGUGUGUGUGUGUGUGUGUGUGUAUCAUAUUAACUUUGGUGGGAAGGGAGGGCAGAGAGCAAGGAGGGGGAUCAGGAGUACUAAGCCAGAUUGACAUUCCACAAAAACUUACAUAGCAGAGAGGUCUGAAGGAAAGGCACAUCUUAGACAUCUCUACUUUUCAUUUUAAGUUAAGAGCGCCUGUUAUGUAUCUUCAGUAGCGUCCCUUCUACAGUCCUGAGUUGUUAGCAAGAAUUACUCCUCUUUCCAUCUAGGAAAGGAAAAAUAUUUUUAUUUUUUAUUUUUUUUUGUCUUUCAGUGUUUGUGUUUUCCUUUUCUCAUUAGAAAUAUGGUUUUUUUUUUGUUGGUUUGUUUCAACAAGAAAAAGACGAUGUCUCUGCCUUCACAAGCAAUUUGAAACAUUAGCAAGACCAUGUAAGAGAUUGUUGUCACCAGGUUGACGGAGCAGCAACACAGAAAUGGGUUGGGGGCCUGGAACCCAGUGGCUGGUGUUGGAAAGCCCACGAAGCUCUCAAUUCUUUGAGGGCCAAAGGUCUACAAGGCUUUCCAUAGUGGACAGGUGCUGGUUUCCUUUCUCUUGUACCAUUUGGAAAACAAAUAUCAUUACCAAAAGUGUAUACAAGAUGUCUGAUGUUCUAAAAAGGUUUCUUCUAAAAAUUGUGCAGCCAAGUUUUUUUUUAAUAAUAAAAAAUCAUUUUGUAUGUAG